GAGACGGAGCUGCCUCUCUCUCCCUCACUCUGUGUGUGUGUGUCUCUCUCUCACCCUCCCUCCUAUCUCGCUCCAUUUCGCCACUGAUCGACACGCUCGCAUCCUCUUUCUCGCUCCAACUUCACCCAAACUACCGCAACCAUCUCCUUCGUCAUCCCUCCACAAUCUUUCUUUCUUAUCUCCUUUUUCCCCCACUAGCCUUUUUUUCUUUCCCUACCUCUCAACCAGUGAUAUUACCCCAAGCAGAGAUGUUACCUCCUCGUUAGAGAUGCUGGAUCCUCUAACUCGACACGACUUCUCUCCAGCUGUAUGUCAACAUUUCUGGACGCUGACCAGCCUGACUACGAUGUAGGAGAGAGAGCAGACGAAGAUGCCUUCUACAGCUUCUGUUUUUUUUCUCUCUUAGUCUUGUUCGCUUUGAGAAGAAAUGAAGGCAAAGUUUGAGGGUUCCUUUUUUGGCUUCCGGUUCACCUGCCCACCUACACGCGCCCAUUAACCCCCUCACAUUUUUUUCAUCCCGUCUACUCUGAAGAUUAUUACCAAGUAGAUUAAGUUAGAGUUUUUUUCCUGGCAUCUCUCAAGGAAUUAUACUUGUGCCACCUCAGUGGAUAUGGCUUAAAUGAUGUUGGCGUCACCGUUAGAUGGAGAAAAGUCGGUCACUUGAGUGGCAUUAAGCACUGUCGACUUUGAUUGAACGCGUUCAAUCUAAAUGGGAGGAUACCCGGUGGACUGAUUCGGCAUUUGAGAAGGAGAACAUGUGGAUAAAACGAAGUGUCGCACGCAGUCCAUCUGCUUUGAGGCCAGGCAGCUGUGUGGGGCACCGGGUGUGGAUUCUGCUGGCAAUGACGCACAUGACCUUUGACUUCUCCGAAUGCAGCCCCCUCAGUCAAGGUUUGGGGCUCAAACUCAUGCCUAAACCGGUGCCUCGCUCAAGACCUCGUCUGCAGCCCGUUUGGGACACGCCGAACAAGAUCCACUGGAGAACAGUGAGUCCUCUGGCACGCAGGCUUUUGAGCCCUAUCCCUCCGCCACAAGACAGUAAAUUAGGGAUUGGGCCAAAAGUUACGGUGCAAAAGCCUCGAAAGCCUGUGCACAAACGACCGACACCGUGUAAGGAAUGCCAGUUGGUGUACUCUGAAAAGGAGAUGGGCGAUCCGGUGAUAGCGGGAUCUUCAGCAGCUUUUUCUAGAAGGAACAGAGGAGGCGAAGCAAGGUUGCUACUUAGAGCCAGAAGACAGCUCAAAUGGGAGAGCUUUGACAAGUCUCAGGAGGGCCGGACUACUACAGUGGCCGGGUUUAUUGACUGGGGACCCACAGGGACAGAUAGUGUAGAUGAGGAUGGUAAACAAGAGCCCAAAGUUAACCUUCCCACUCGGGCCUCAACUACCACAGUGGUUGCAACCACUAGCACUAGUACAAGGCUCUCCCAAAGGACAUUUAUUAUGGUGACUACACCGGACCCCAAGAGGCUAAGCACCACCAAGGCCACAAACAGCUUUGGGGAGACUGUCAAGCCACCAAAGCCAUAUGGGGAUACAUCAGGUUUGGCAGUUCACCAGAUAAUCACUAUCACUGUGUCUCUCAUUAUGGUUAUCGCAGCCUUGAUCACAACACUCGUCCUUAAAAACUGCUGUGCACAGUCAGGAAAUGGCCGCCACAAUAGCCAUCAGCGCAAGAUCCACCAGCAGGAAGAAAGCUGCCAAAACUUGACAGAUUUCACCCCAGCCAGGGUUCCAAGCAAGGUGGAUAUUUUCACUGCCUACAAUGACAGCCUGCAGUGCUCUCGUGAGUGUGUUCGGACGGCGGUGCCCAUCUACACUGAUGAGAUGAUCCAGCAGACGCCCGUCUACAAGUCUGCUUACAAUGGAAACAGGCCUUCGCCCUCCGAAAGACAACUGAUUCCUGUCGCCUUUGUGUCAGAGAAGUGGUUUGAGAUCUCUUGUUGACAAGCUGAAGGCAUUGUUCACAUUCCUUUGGAGAAAGAGGCUUCCCGAAUUCAUGCUUUGGAUCCAAAUGGACAGAGCGGCUUCUUUUGUAAUGUAGUGUGAUCUCUCUUUGGACACUGGUGAAGAUAUUUAUUUUUCUAGAGAUGACAUCCAGAGCAGUCACAGUUCAUACCCGGCCCAUAUUUCAUCAUCAAGACGUAGACUAUAUACCGUAUUUGGUACAUUCACAGGAUAUGUGGACGAGACUGUGAAAAUGACUGAUACAUCUAAUCAAUGAUAAAUGUAUGACAUUUGACCAAGGUACCCAAAGAGGCUUCUGCGGGUGGAAGAUGAACUCAAUUUCUGAACAAUGUGCCAAUAAUGCCACUAUGUGCCACAAUCUGGAUAGAAAGAAGUUGUAAUGACAACCGAUGGACUAAACAAAGAGAGUAUCAACAUUGGGUUUGUUUUUUCUUGGGUUUUUUUUUUCAAGAAAUGUCAAAAUACUAUAAAAGUAUUUGGAUAUGUAGUUUUACGAAAUAUUUAGAAAAUGGAUCAUGAAGAUAUUUAUUUAAAACUAAUAAACUGGAAAGAUGGAAGACAAAAUAUAAUAUAAAGUCCCAUUUUAAAAAUAAAACUGCUAUUUUUUAUACAAAAAAGUCUGCCGCACCCCCUGACAACAAUU